UGCUCAAUAGAACUAUUUGUCCCAGAGUGCUCGUGUUAUAGAGAGAACAGCCAGGAGAUCGAGCAGUUCUCACUGCAAGGUGUAUAGUUUGUGACACUCCUUAUUGAAAAAAAAGUUAGCGAACAAAUUAACCACGGCGUACAGUUUGAGUAUUUGUGGGUCAUGUGUAAUUUCUUCAAAGGACCGCUUUUUUCUUUCUGACUUUUGUUGAAAUGUCAUUUUAACAGGUCUAAAGAUGGCAGCCAAAAGAGCUAAGUCACUACGUCGCAUGGGAAGUCUCGCACGGAGCAAAUCCGAGGGAACCCUAAUCGAUCUGGAUGAUGAUGGGCCUCUUAACAACAAUUUGAGUGGCAGUAAUAUUGCAUGGCAGGAGAGGAAUCAUUCUGAUUGGCCAAUAUUACAGCCUGAAGUCCAGCACAUGUCACAAACUAGAAAUCCAUUCUGGAAUGGUUUAUCUGAUUCCAACCCUUUCUUGGAUGAUAUUGUACGAACAGAGGCAAAUAGCAACAUAUCAAAUACAAAUGUAUCAAUAUUGAAAGAGGAUCCCUUGGCUGUUUUCUGUGAUAAUAAUGCUGAUGCCAUCAGCAUGUCAUCAGAUGAAGCAGGCUUUGGGCAGCUUUUGAAUUCCAAGCAGAAGAGCAUGAGGAGGUCUGGGAGGUGGAAGAGUACUUCGGAUAUUCUAGAGGUAUUUGAGAAGGAUCCUAAGAAGGAGAAUGGCCUCAGUUCUUCAAGUCAGUUUUUGAACCCUGAUUUUGAAUGGUUGAAGAAUGACAAAGAGGCCUACAAGAUGGCAUGGCUGAGUCACAGGCAGCUAACAAGGUCAUGCCUUGACCUGGGCCUGAUGAGUCAAAGCCCAGGCUGGGCCCAGACUCAGGCCACUGAGACUCAAAUAUCUUGCAAAAUUGGGCAAAGUGGUGGGUCUUUACAGUUACCUGAUUCCAGCAUUAGUGCACAUAUUCCAGAAGGUCAUGUUCUGCCUGGGGAAGUCCAGGAAAUUACAAUGAAAACAAUCCUUGAUCCGCCGCUUGGACUCAAUAGCGACAUCUUGACAACGGUGAGUCCGCUCCUGGAAAUGAGUCUCAGCAACCUCAACACAAAGGAAUGCAUUUUACUGGAGAUGAAAAUUGCUGGGGAGAUCAAGAAAGACCCUUUAAGCCAGGUCAUGACUAAAUUUGUGUGCUUGGUCUCCCACAAGAGAGAGGGGCCAUUUCAGAAGUUGAAGAACUGUUACAUUUAUAAGAACAUGUUACAAAUAAAGCUGGAUGAUUUGAAAUCAUGUUUGUACAUUAUUGCAGCAGCACAAGCCUCAAUUCUCCAGCCACCUGCCACUUCAGUUUGGGACUACAUGGAUCGACUAAUCACUUUGGGGGUUUAUGGACCAAAGCAUAUCCACCCAUCUUUCAAAGCCAUCUGUGUCCUUUUUUGUCACAAUGAAAUUCCACUCAAACUUCCAUUCUCUGAUAUGAAAAGGGGUAAUAAGAACUUACCACCACUUGUACUGCAGCUUUGGGGUAAACAUGAAUUCAAUCCUAAAGGCCUGAAAGAUCUGAAAGUUGUUCUAACCCCAGUAGAUACAAAGUUUGAGAUCAAAGCUGCUGAUCAGAUCAAAGAAAUAAGCCAAGAUCACCUCAAAACAGGUCAGGUUCUCCGUCUUCCAUUUGAGUUGUCUAAAGCCGACAGUGGGGAGAUGGUAGCCUUUAAACUGGGGGUGAAUGUGAAGGACUCAGAUGGGUGCCAGUUGGCCCAUUUCCAUGUAUUGACCCCAGAGGCCACUCCACGAAGGUCUGAAAAGCUUGGUCCCAAACGAGUCGAUAAGCGGAGAGAGGCUUCGCGAUCCACACCCAUCCCAGAGGAAACAGCGCCACAGUUCCCCAAAUUCGAAGACAGAUCUGUAAAUGUACAGUGGUACGGAGUAGCCCUGAAAGCAGUUUUCCGUCAGCCGAGAGUGGAGUACCUCUUGGAGUACUUCAAGGGCGACACAGUUGCACUCCUCUCUCGAGAUAUAGUAAGGUCGUUGGGACAAUCAAAAGUCAAGGAAUGGUAUAUUGGCUUUCUCCGAGGAAGGGUGGGCCUUGUCCACUGCAAGAAUGUCAAGGUCAUCACUCGAGACCAGGUGAUCGACUUCUCUGAGGUAAAGAUCACCACACAGGCGCUCCUGGAUAACAUCACACUGCCUUUCAAGAAGCUGACAUACAUGUACUCUGGUAUCCAGACCCUGAUCACUGAACAAAUAUCCAGCUGGAGGGGCUUUGCUGAGGCCCUUGGGUAUUCAAACCUGUUGCUAGAAGAGAUCACUUGGAAGCAUGCGGAGACAGAGGCUGAGAAAGUGGCUUGUGUGCUGGAGAAACUCAAAGAAGACUGCCAUUCAGAGAAGAGCCGCAAGAAGUUCCAACAUGAGCUUAUCAUUGGACUCUUGAAGAUGGAUUGUCAAGGUCUUGUAGCACGUAUCACUCAAAGCACAGUUAUUCUUUCGGCUGCUGUGGAGCUGGGGUUUCGGUGGAGGGAGCUUGCUGAGAGGUUGGGGAAACUGUCCUGCACUCAGAUUGCUGCCUAUGAGGCUCCACACCUAAGCAAGAAUGGAGAAGUCAGCCCUCAGUCGAUGUGGAAGCCUGCAUAUGACUUCCUGUACACGUGGAGCUUGCGCUAUGGAGAAGGCUACCAGGAUAUGAUCCAGGACCUGCACCUGGCUUUAGACAAGAUGAAGACCCCUGUGACGAGGCAUUGGAGGCAGAUCACAGGUGCCCUCAUCACAGUGAACUGCAUGGAGAUCCUCCAUGUAUCCGCCUUCCCAAAACAAUGAGAGAACUGUGGAAUGUCUCAAGUACUGACCCUUCCCUGACUACAGGAGAUCCUUAAGAUGUCUUUGACCUACUCACUUUGUGAGAGAUCCAAGGGGAAUCCCAAGUAUGUAUGUUGGAUUUUUUGCCACUCACCCACAUUGCCUUUUUUGUCCACAAGGUCAAUUUUUUAAACCGUGUUUGUGUUCGUGCGUUUGUGUUUCUAUGUGUAGUUUGGCACAUAGAAAUGGAGUCAUGUUAUGGAUCAAAAGUUGCUGAAACAGUGGCGUUGAUGUUACCGUUUUUUCGUAAAUUCUAAUAUGUUUAUUUUCUUUUUAUGUGUUCUUGAUAUUGAACAAUAUUUUCAUUUUGAUAUCUGCAUUAUCUUUGAAGAACUCCGUUUUAAUUUUUUUUUACACCAUUUAGCAUUUUUAAUGAUGUAUACAGAUCCCUAAAACUGCUUCGGUUUCAUCUGUUGAGGAUACGCUAAUUAUUUGAAAUAGCUUUUCCAAACAGGUCACAAUGAAUAUAGUAAAAACCUCAAGGAAACCAACAGCACAGGUGGAAAAAUUAGUUCAGAAGCCAUUACUUUCAGUGGGAAAUGUUGCUGUUCUGAGGACAUGCCUGCUCACAAGUUAAGCUUUAAUCACGGAUGAAAUGUGAAACAUUCAGCUGUCCUGACAACUGCACAUCAGUGAAUAUACCUGCCCCUCACUAGAGUGUUGAAUGAACUGUGACUGCCUACUGCAACCAAAAGCACUAGGAAGUAAAUUACAUUAAUGUUGUUUUGAGUAAAUGCUUUCAUGGUCAUUAUGAUGUGUAUUUUUAAUGGUAAUGUGAUGCCAUUGACUAGAACUAGAGUAUUAAUUUGCAGUCUACACCCAAAAUGGAUAGACCAUAAAAAGGUGAAGCUAUACUGGCAAUUAAAAUAUUCAUGUAUUCAUAAUAAAAACGUCAUGAAAUAUCUCCAGUGGUAUUUAAAACAGGAAGAUCCUGAAGGUAUCUUUUUAUACAGUAAGUAAAACCAUGCUCAGAAGAAGUUUUUUUUAACUGUAUUUUUGUGAUGGUAUCCCCAUUUAAAAUGCUGCUGUUCACCAUGUUGCCUAAAGCUGUGUUUCCAAACCAAAAUACUCAGAAGGUUGGCCUAAUUUCAGACUGUAGGAAAAAAAAUGUUAUAGAAACGGGCAAACUCUGAUUCUGAAAAAAUAGCCUGUUUAGAAAUGAAGUGUUUUUGUUUUAAUUCUGUCAGUUGAGUCCACCUCUAAUAGUUUUACAUUUGUAUUUGGAAAAGUAUGACUCUUCUGGCUAGACGUGUAUCUUGUACAGUACUGUUAGUUUGAAUUAGUGCAUAUACAAAACGUUUUGCUGUAAUAAAUCUGUUCUCGAAAAUA